GAAGAGGAAGAACAAAGGAGACGGGGUCUGUGCAGUGGAGCGCUCGGUGUGUUUUUUCUCUUUUGUCCGUCAGUAGAUUAAUCAGGUUUCCUGCCUUUUAUCUGCAGGAGUUUUCAUACUAGUAGGAAAGGAUGUCGGUCGUGCAGCCCAGUCGCUCGUCCACCGGGUGGCCGCGCCGCGGCGGAGAGCAGUUCGGGAGCAAAUACAUCAGCGGGCCCGCUAAACCGCUCACCCUGGAGCGGACCAUCAACCUAUAUCCUCUCACGAACUACACGUUUGGCACCAAGGAGCCUCUUUACGAGAAAGACAGCUCUGUGGCCGCCAGAUUCCAGAGAAUGCGUGAAGAGUUCGAUAAGAUGGGCAUGCGCCGGACAGUAGAGGGAGUCCUCAUCGUUCACGAGCACAGGCUGCCUCACGUUCUCCUGCUGCAGCUGGGCACAACGUUUUUCAAGCUGCCUGGUGGAGAGCUGAAUCCUGGAGAAGACGAGGUGGAGGGUCUGAAACGCCUGAUGACUGAGAUCCUCGGGCGGCAAGAUGGGGUGAAGCAGGACUGGGUGAUAGAUGAUUGCAUCGGUAACUGGUGGCGCCCCAACUUUGAGCCUCCGCAGUACCCGUACAUUCCAGCUCACAUCACUAAACCUAAGGAGCAUAAAAAGCUCUUCUUGGUUCAGCUGCAGGAGAAAGCAUUAUUUGCCGUUCCCAAAAAUUAUAAGCUGGUGGCUGCUCCGUUGUUUGAACUGUACGACAACGCUCCUGGAUAUGGACCAAUCAUUUCCAGUCUACCGCAGCUACUGAGCAGGUUCAACUUUAUCUACAACUAGCCUGACCAACAGUGUGGCUGUCUCUGUGAGUGCAGCCAGAAGCAUUGUGCUGAAAGGACGUCAUCUCUCGUUUAUCUUUUACGAAACAAACGCCUGUUAUGUCUGGUAAAUAGAAAGUCUACGGGGUUGUUGUUGGAGAAAAUGAUACGGUCCGAGUUGUUUUUUGUUUUAUUUUUUAAACUUGUGAAGCUGCAGCCUUUUGUAGUAUGCAGGUCUCUAUUCCAGAAUCUGGUUUUAUGUUUGCCUAAAGGUUGACAAUGUUUGAUUAAAAAAAAAUUCCAACA